CGAUUCUUUUUGGUAUUCUUAUUCUCCGUUUGUUCCUCGCUGCCGCUGUUUGAUUGUUGUACAUAGUAUUUAAUUUCACCUUCUUCUAUUAAACUAUUUAAAGUUAACACAAAUAAAAACCGAAAAUGUGUGAUAAUUCGAAUUUGACUUUAUGCUAUAACCGUGGAUGUGCUGUGAAAUUCGAUCAAGCCAAUAAUCCUGAAGAUUCCUGUGUAUAUCACCCAGGUGACCCUUUUUUUCAUGACGCCUACAAGGGAUGGUCGUGCUGUAAAAAGAAAUGUACCGAUUUUACUGAAUUUCUUAAUAUAAAGGGCUGCACAAAGGGUUACCACAACGGUAAAAAGCCAAAAGAGCCCGAAAAGUAUGUUCCAGAUAAAGAUAGCAAAGAUGAUGUCAUUGAAUAUCAUGCACCAAAACCAGUUUCGUUACCGAGACCGUCAGCUAAUUUGCCAUUGACUAAUAUUAAACCGACCAUAUCUUCUGCUCUCUUACAACAAAUGACUGCUACUUAUAUAAGCAAUACCAAUGGAAAUGAUACAAAUAGCUUAACUGACAUUUCAAUUGGUACUAUGUGUAAAAACAAUGGAUGCAAACAGGCCUAUGAAGGUGCUGGAAAAGGGAAUCUUACAUGUGCCCAUCAUCCUGGUGUACCUGUAUUCCAUGAGGGUAUGAAAUAUUGGUCCUGUUGUAAUAAAAAGACGUCGGAUUUCAAUGCAUUUUUAGAACAAGUUGGGUGUUCUCAAGGAAAUCAUUGUUGGAUUAAAGAAACGAAAAUUCAAGGACAUACAGACUGCCGUUUAGACUGGCAUCAGACUGGGCCCUGGGUUGUAGUAUCAAUAUUUGCCAAGAAAUAUGACCCAAACACAUCUUAUGUGAAAUUGUCUCCUGUAAAACUGUCCGUGGAACUCUACUUCCCUUCUGACAAUUCAGUGUUUUCUAAAAACAUGGAACUUUAUGGGAUUGUCGACGUUAAUACAAGUUGUGUGUCCAUGUUACCCACUAAGGUUGAAAUAAAACUUAAAAAGGCGGAAGCAGUAUCAUGGGGUUCAUUGGAAUAUCGAAAGCAUAUUCUUUUAAAUGGUACAAAACCAACUUCAAAUUCAGGAACAAAUGACAAAAAGGAAGAUUCGAAUGCAUUUGUUGAAAGUGUUGACCUUGGGGAUCUCUAAUUUAUGAGAUCUAUUGGAUUUAAUUUGUAAUUUUUGGAUAAACAUUUAUCAUUUUAACAGAAACAGAUAUCUUUAAACCUGAUGAAUAAAAUUUUUUUGUGUUAAAAUAUUAUCCCAGUUAAUGAUGUUUUUUCUUUUUAAAUCAAAUAUUUACUAACUCAACAUAUUUUUCCUUACUGUUUGAGGUUUAUUACUUUUUUUUUCAUAAUAUCAUUUACAAUAUUUGUUUGUAAUAUAUAUUUUUUCAAAUUCAUUGGAAAUACAGAAUUGUUAGAUACCCAUUAGAAA